UCAGACCAUGGACUUGGGACAUUCUCUGAAGUUUUGCCGGCAUCAUCAGUGAGUCUUGACAUUAUCAGAACCAAAUUACAACUGGCCAUAGAGACAAGUCGCUGCAACGAAACUUUUAAGAAUGUACCAAGUCUACAGUCUGACGGCGGGAAAUAUGAGGACUGCUCCAGCAGAAAACUUCGGACGAGUUCCUUACCAGAUGACAAACUAACGCCGACCAUCGCAGGGAGAGCCUUAGAAACUGCUUUGACUAAGAGCACAUCCUUCCUCACAGCGAAGCUGUUCUCCUUGCGUGGUAUCGGUUCCCAAAAGGAGGCUAAAGUUGUGGAUAACGUUCAAGUCGGACUUUGGUCAAGAGCCUCUCCGAGGCCUGUAUUAUCAUCUACCUCAAACUUUUCGGACUUUGUUAUCGAAGAGACACAAUCUAGUUCCCAUCUUGAAGCCUCAAUUAACCUAGAAAAAUUAGGUCUACUUCCAAAUGCGUCUUGUGCUAGAUCUGUACUAACGUGCUCACCAAACAUCAGGCCAGUCGAUGAAGAAAUUAUGGGGACAAAAACACAGCCACAACAGCCCCGUAUGGGAUUACGGUUGCCGGUAGUCAUUGCUGGAGGACACUUUGAAGAGAGGUCUGAGCAUAAUGAGCCGACAAAGCGACAAAUUAGUUUGCCUACAAAGCAGAGUCUAUUCUCUAAUAGGACAGCAAUACAGUUAGCUGGUCUUGAUGCCAAAAUUGUAUCACUAUUUCCUAAAGCCCAAGGCGCGCCCUACUUUGAUCGUCCCGCCAAACAGGGCCCAAGAACUGCCGAAUCCUCACCCAAUCUGCCUAUGGGCAUAACUCGAUCACUUAGGCGAGCAGAAGCCCAGAACUCCUGUUUGAAUUCUCCAUCUGUUGGCGACCUAAUUAGUCCGCCUUGCAAUUUUGGGGAUCAGACGCUCUGCACAAUUAAAAAUAAGGUUCCAGAAGCUUUGAGCCAUUUAGGCGUAAGCGCCGAUUGUCAACCCACUACUUACAAAUCGACCAGCUGGCCUCCGGUUUGUACAACCGCCUUAUCUUCAAAAUCCCUGACAUCUACUACAAGCCAUAAACGAUCAUCAGAUCCUUCUAGUCAGAAAGCAGAGUUCAUUGGAUUUGCUUUUCCGGAUCCGACCAUUCAAGCUCCUUUUGCCUUUCUUUCGCGUCUGGCUGAAAUGGCCAACUACGAGAAUGAGACAGUUAGAAUCGAAAAAUCAUCUGCUCGUCAAGGGGAGGUUAAUCAUAAGAAGAUCUUUCGCGUGCCAAUAAUUUAA